UGAUAAUCACCGACGAAGGAGAGCACGUGUAAACCAGGAAGUUAGCUCGCCUAGCAAACCGGUGCCUAGAAAAAAUAAUCAGCAGGAAUUUAAAUACAGACGUGUGACUGAAACUGAUAAUGGAGAUUUUUUCUUAGAGGGAGUUUUACUGCGUGGUUUGGUUCAAGACACUGACUUUGACACAGUUAUACAGUGUCAAAAUUACAAAUGACAGAUCCAACCAUGGCGCUCCAGUUUGUAUAUAGCAACCAGAACUUUGUCACAGAUGUCCGUCGGACCACUGGGAACAGUCCUGGGAUGGCAUCGCCUCCAACAAGUUUUGACACAACUAUCCAAGCUGGCUGGACAGAAAGGUUAAAGAGGGGACUCUUCCGCUACCAUUUGGGUGAUUUACAAACGCGCAUCCUGCCAGGCCCGCAUGGUUAUGUGGCCCAGCUGAAUAUACAGAGAGGAAUAGAGAGAAGAAAGCCUCAGGAGAUACUGAGCAUUCAGCAGGAGUUCAACGCCAAGCAGUUUAAUUUUAACAAAAUCAAUCCAGAUGAAAUCAUAUUUGAGAUGUUAAAGGAUGCUGUGGGAGGGUCAACUUCGCAUGAAAAUGGAAAGCAGUUGCAUCAGUCCGGUAGGAUGGUGGUACUGGUUAAUGUCAGCCCUUUGGAGUUUGGACAUUGUCUCUUUGUUCCAGAUCCAAUGCGCUGUUUUCCGCAGGUCCUGACGAGGUUUGCCAUCCAAGUCGGCAUCGAAUCUGUGCUCCUGAGCUCCGACCCAGGCUUUCGUGUGGGGUUCAACAGUCUUGGAGCUUUUGCAUCUGUCAAUCAUUUACACCUUCAUGGAUAUUACCUGGACCACGAGCUCAAGAUAGAAUCUAUGCCAGUCAAGCCGCUUCUUCCUAAGAAGGGAUUUUAUCGUCUCAUGGACUUUCCUACAGGUUUUUUGUUUUACACAGAAUCGGACGGGGUGGAGGAAGUUGCCAGAGCCAUCUGCCAAGUCACUGACUUUCUCGUGGAUGGCAAUAUCGCUCACAACCUGUUCUUGACCAGAGGAUGUCCGCCCUGUGAUCGCGUACCGAGAGAAAAGGAUCGCAACUCAAGAAAAGGCGUGCGUAUUGCUGUAUGGCCCAGAAUAUCCUGCUUCGGUGCCAAAGAAGAGUCUGCUUUCAAUGUUGCUCUUUGUGAGCUAGCUGGACAUUUGCCAUUUAAGAACAAGAAGGACUAUGAGUGCAUUGCUGAGAAAGAUGUGGUAGAUAUCAUUCAGAGGUAUCUCCUGCCUGAUGGAGAUUUUCUCAGAUUGGAACAGCAACUUACUUGUCAUUUAAAGGAUUUAUAAUAUAUGAACAAAACCAUGUUAGAGAGUACCUUAAUGUAGGAUUGCACGUGCACACAAAUACCUUUCUGCACCAAUACCUCAAACUACAUUUCAUAACUGCCAAUAAAAGAGACACUUAUAAAUAUGUAGGUUUAUUGUCAAUAUAUUUAUUAUUUAGCAUGUGCUCCAAUGGAUGUGUUGUAGUUAAACUGGUCUUAAAUAAAAAGCUAAAAUUA